AUGGGCAAAAAAGCCAAGGCGAAAACGAGUGACAAGCUCGCGAAAGCCUGGGAGGGAGCUCGCCGCAUCCGAAAGCGAUUUCAGCGGGGUGGACCUUGGGUGGUCUUUCCUCUGCCCUCUUCGGAUCGCAAAAAGAAAGAUUCCGAAAACCUUCAUCCUGUUUCGACUGCUGCCCUGGCCUUGAAUGCUGAAACCAUAACCUCGGUCGUGCAGUUGUACGGCCCCAACCCGGUGGAGAGAUUGUACGAGUUGGUGGCGACCGACCCGGCUGCUGGUGCUUGCUACCGGGAGGCAUGGGACAUUCGCCGCUUGGGAAUCAGGGAUGCCCAGGCUGAAGGUUGGGAGGAAGCAGAGGAUUAUGAAAUGGAUGAAGGAGAGUAUGAGGAGGAUGCCGAUGUAGCUGAGGACCCGCAGGAGGAGCAGGAGGAUUAUGACGAGAACUACGAGGGCUGGGAUGAGGAGCCUGAGGAGACUCCGAAGCCCAAGCGGCCGAGAAAGGCGGCCAAGAACAUCUCAGAAGACAAGCCGAGCCCAAGAUCUUCGAAAAAAACGAAGCUAGGAAAAUUCGCCCGCCUGAGAUCCCUUGCCCGCAGCAAGACAUGGGCCUCUAGCGAAGCAGCCACCCCAAAGCCGAAGCUCCCCCGAGCCAACACCGACGAAAGCUACGUCGACCCUGCGACUGCGAGCAAAGAGCAGCAGCUGGCCGAACUCAUGGACCAGAUUGAAUCCCUGCAGGUGAAUGAGUAG